UUCUGUCGAAAAACUGAUGAUUGUCCCAAUAAAUAUGGAGAAAAGAAAACUAAUGAGAAAUGGAAUCUCACUGUACACUACUAUUGUUUGUUGAUGUCAAGUGGAAUUUGGCAGAGAGGUAAAGAAGAAGAAGGAGUUUAUGGUUUUCUAAUAGAAGACAUCAGGAAGGAAGUGAAUAGAGCUUCUAAACUGAAAUGCAGUGUUUGCAAGAGAAAUGGUGCUUCAAUUGGAUGUGUUGCACCCCGAUGUAAACGAAGUUACCAUUUUCCAUGUGGACUUGAGAAAGAAUGUAUUUUCCAAUUUACUGGCAAUUUUCAAUCAUUUUGUUGGGACCAUCGACCUAUUCAAGUAAUUCCACCUAGUAAUUAUAGAGACGCAUUACCGUGCACCAUUUGCUUGGAAUUUAUUGAGCCUAUUCCAACCUAUAGCAUAUUACGAAGCCCUUGUUGUAAAAAUGCUUGGUUUCAUAGAGACUGUUUACAGGUUCAAGCAAUAAAUGCAGGAGUGUUUUUCUUCCGGUGCACAAUAUGCAACAAUAGUGAUAUAUUUCAGGAAGAGAUGUUGAGAAUGGGAAUCCAUAUCCCUGAAAAAGAUGCAUCUUGGGAAUUAGAGGAAAAUGCUUAUCAAGAGCUUUUGCAGCACUACGAGCGCUGUGAUGUCCGGCGUUGUCGUUGCAAAGAUGGACGAGAAUAUAAUGCACCUGAUAGCAAAUGGGAAAUCAAGCGUUGUCAAUGUUGUGGUUCUAGUGGAACACAUUUAGCCUGUUCAUCACUGCGAUCAUGGGAACAAAAUUGGGAGUGUUUGGAAUGUAGAGGCAUUCUCUACAAUUCAGGAUUUAAAUCUGCAGAUUUCCAAAAAGCCAAAAAACAUGCUCUACCCAAAUCAAAUAGCAUUGGCAUUAAUGAUUGUUUAUUGGAAGAGACAUCACCUAAAUUACUCAGACAAUCAAAUGGAGCUCAAAGUAAAGAUCUGCUGAGGCAAGGCAUCAAAUUUAGAAGAGAUCUUUCAGCAGUUUUAAUAGAGCUAGGCUUCCAAAUUAAAAAAAAAACUAAAAAAUUAUAUAUCAACAAAGCCAAUAUCUGGAAUAGUGCCUUAGAUGGAUUCAAAAAUCAGAACUUUAAUCCUUCAUAUACAAUUGAAGUAGCGUAUGUUAAUGAAAGUGAUAAUUUUGGAAGAGAGCAUCCUGGAUCAAAGCACGAAUUUCUAAGUCUCUUAAUGCAGCAUCUUGAGAACUCAUCAUUGUUUGAAGGGUCCUUGUCAAAGAACUUAUCUCUUAAUUCUCAAGCUCUGAAAGAGAAUCUUUACUAUGAAGUUGGCAAAAUGCUUGCAAUUUCUUUGGUUCAUGGUGGUCCUUCACCUGGUUUCUUUUCUAAAACCCUAUUUAACUGCCUUGUUUAUGGACCAGAGAAUACCCAACCGAUUUUAGAUGAUGUUUCAGACUAUGAUGUUGCACAAAUUAUAAUCAGGAUAAAAACUGCAACAAAUAUGACUGACUUAAAUUCAGUAAUAAACGAAUGCUAUAACUAUCUAGAAGUUACUGGUUGUCUAAAACUUGUAACGGUAUUAAGUGAUAAAUAUCACUUGAUUAAUGACAUACUUUUCUACCAUGUCAUUAAGAGAGUCCAAGCACCUUUUGAAAGCUUUAAGCAGGGUCUUAAAACUCUUGGUAUAUUGGAGAAAAUUCAGACUUAUCCAGAAGCAUUUUGUAGCAUCCUCUGUCAUAAACCUGAGACUCUUUCUGCAAAAGUCCUUAGUGAUCUUUUUACAGUCCACACUUUAUCUGAUGUACAAGCUUUGGGAUUUUGGAACACUUACUUACAGACUAUUGAGGGUGGUAAAUCUACAACAACAAUGGAAGAUAUUCUUAUUUUUGCAACUGGUUGUAGUUCCAUUCCACCUACUGGAUUUAAACCCACUCCUUCAAUUGAAUGCCUGCAUAUGGAUUUUCCCAUUGGAAACAAGUAUAACAACUGUUUAGCUCUUCCAAUAACCAAUACAUAUAAAGAAUUUCAAGAAAAUAUGGACAUUACUAUAAGAAAGACUCUAAGACUAGAAAAGGAAGAAAUGUCUCACUAUACUGGACAUUAA